AUUUGUCACUCAGUACGAGUGCACGAACACACUUAUAGAACAGAAAUGGGUACAUGACAGCACUUUGUCAUUUCCAUCGGGGCAUGCCUCUGUAUCCGUAUACAGCGCUACAUUCACAGUUCUGUACCUACAAAUGAGAAUGAAUGUUAGAUUCUCCUACUUGCUGAAGCCUGCCCUUCAGGCCUGCGCCCUGAUACUGGCCCUGUACUGCUGCAUCUCUCGUGUCACUGACCACAAGCACUUCUCCACUGAUGUCAUAGCGGGCAGCAUUAUUGGUGCCUUUCUGGCCACGGCAGCGUUCUACAGAAUCACUUCCCAGGUCCUUUGUGACUCAGUCAAGGAACAGUCACCACGACUGCCAAGAGCAGUGUCUGUGGAAUCUGAACCCAGGACACCCACACCUUUACUCAGGCCGGAGAGGAUAGUCAUCGACCACAGCUACAAAAAUGGUGGGGCAGUUACUGACAGCAAAGGAGGUUUUUCACAUAAAGUUCUAUCAAUUUGA